GGGGCCGCAACUUUGACUCCACCUAGGCCGCAGGACUUUGCCGAUUACGAAACCUUCAAGACUGCUGCAAGAAAAUUUGAUGAUGAGCUUCAAUCUCAGACACUGCUCCGCUUCAAGCACCUUCUCUCGGUGGACCCUAGUCGGGCCAAGCAGUUCAUUUCCACCCACACAAAGAAGGCCAGUCAGUUCCAUAUUGCACUCACAAACGAAGACACUGGCCAGCUACUCAGCACCUCUGCGGCUUUGUCUGCAGUAAGUGACGACUUAGUUGGCCGUGCUGAGAACAAUUUCCCGCAACAGUCGGAAGCUCAGCAGUUCCUUGACCUGGCAGUAAAAACCAUCAGGCAAACGCAGCUCACCUCAUCGCACUGGCGCAUAAGGCCAAUUAGCAUUGCAACUGAAAUGGCUGCUGUCCAGGAUGGCCUGUGGCUAAGUCGUACUCAACAUUUUCUUGAAAAGUACUCCACUUCGCAACAGAUUGGAGGCAAAUUUGACACAAUGAGUGUCAUUCUUGCUGUCAUCCUUCAUGUGCAACUGCGUCAGCAGCAAGACCUGACAACUUUUCUUCUUUUCGCAGACUUGAAACAGGCGUAUGACACUGCAAACCAGGCAGCCAUUCUGACAACAUGCUAUUUGGCUGGUGUUGUGCAAACUGAGUGGAAUCUCCUUUUUGAUUUUUUCCUUAUGGAUUCUGCAAUUGUCACAUUAGGCAACGCUGUGUCAAGCGCACUAACCUUUCGGGCAGGCAUCCCGCAAGGCAGAAAAUUCGCCGUUCACGCAUUUACGGCAUUCAUGCGCCUCUUACAAGCUGUCUUAGUGAGCGCCUGCAACCCGGCUGCAACUGUGCUGCCCGAAUUUGCUGCUGAUGCCAUUUCUGGUCUGUGGGAGCACCUCACCCCGCUUCCAUUAGCACCCCUGCCAGCAGAAACAAAUGCCCUGUCUGCUACAAUGGCUGCGCAGCAUCUUGGCUUUGCUUGGACACAUGGGGCGUCGCUGUCAGAAAUGCGACGAAUCGCCAUCCAUUUGCUGUCUCGCCUCCCUGAACCAGAGCGGGUUCGGUGCAUGGAGCUGCUAGGGUCACAACAUUUGGGGCCGUUGCUCUUCAUUGAUGACGUUGUCGCCUCUUUUGCUAGUGCACUUGAAGUAGAAUAUGCGGUCACAUCUGGACUGCCGCAAUUUGCUCGCAUGGUAAAAGCUUGCUUCAACAUGGGCCCUUCGAAAACCGCUGUCAUGCCAUGUUUUGGUGCUGUAGUGCCGGCCUUGCCUGACAUCAUUUGUGAACUUUUCGUGUUGCUGUCACACGCUGGCUUCUCCCCAGCAGUUAUUGCCCACGCGGUUGUUGAGAGGAUUGAACCUGUCAUUCUGUAUGGUGCAGAGAUCCUCCCCCUCAUUCCUGAAAGCUACCGGCAGCUGAACGCGCUGCAAAGUGACUGGGCGAGAGCCAUCCUUGCUGACCAAGGCGGUAAAACGGUGCAUGGGAUUCGCGGCUCUCUGGCAGUUGCACAGAUGGGAUGGCGUGACCGACUUGGCACCAAGGCUCUCGUAAAGGCAGUCAUGUUUCUGGCCAAGGUUGAGCUAUUGCCCCGCGACUGUCCUGUGGUUAGAAUGCUCCAUCUGGCGCAGGGGCUCCAUGAUGGCACGUGGUGGCAAGCGACGAAAGAUGCCCUUGAAUCUCAUGACAUGUGGUGCCCGUCUUUGGUUGAGGCAGGCGUGGCGCCACUCAGCUUGUUAGAGCAGGCGCGCCAGAACUCAACCCUUCGCCGGGAAAUCCUGCGAAGAUACAAGAAGAUGAUUGUUCUUCCGCAGGCCAUGCGAAGGGAUGAGGCUGAGUUUCAAGAGUCUGCGUCAAAGAUGCUGCCGGGCUUUCAUCUGACACUGAGGCAGUUAUUUCCUGACAGAGCUUGUGUGUCCUGGGAAAGUGUCACCCCAGACGCAGAUGCCGCUGACUGGGAUUGCAUGCGGGUGUGGGCGUUCAUUAGAUUAAGCGGUCUCUGGCCGCUGCAGCUGCUGGAUUAUGGCGCGAAUAGUGAGACCCUGGAGGUCUGUCCUCUCUGCGGCGAAGUUGAGAUCGACGUAGCGCAUUGCCUCUACGUGUGUGAGGGCACGCGUGACCUCUUCCACCUGACAGGCGCAUCAGCCUUGGCCUCCCGACAGAUUGAGGCACCGAUGUUUUUCAGCAUCCUUUUCCAGGCAAACGGCAGCGUGAAUGAGAACCUCGUUUGUGCCAGAUACGUUAGUCAAGCCGUGGGCAACUCAGCGUCGACAAGCCUCGUCUGCCAGCUAACGUUCCACGUCCGUGGCCACCUAGGAACGGAUGUUAGUUGGGAUGGCUGGGACAUCACAGUUGGGAGCACCCGCACGCGUCAGCAGCGGCAUGUAGGCAACAGGGCGAGACUGCAAUGGUGGCCUUCCUGUGGCAUUGCGGUGCAGGGCUCGCAGCACGACCGGGUGGCGCCACCGCGACUGGAGGCGGCAGCCCGGGCCUGCAACGGCGGCCACGGUGGUUCGAGAUUGGAUCCACCUUUCUGGCAGUCUCUAUGGUGGCAGGUCGAGGAGGCGUUGGCUUGGUUCACCGCGCUCUGCGUGUGGGCGCUGCGGCGCGCAGGCCGCUCAGUGGCCGGAAAGCGUUACAGGACGGUACGCACAGAUGUCCAGACCUUCAACACACGCUACAGUCUUCUCAGCUACGCGAUGAUGGCCAGUGACGAGAAGAAGUCGGCGUCUUUCCGGAGGGCACUGCGCCGCUCUGCCAAGCGCUUGCAAGGCGCAGGUGAGCGGAUGGUAGUUCUGGAAAUCGGCUGCGGUGCCUACGCGCCGUUUGCGCGCCUGUGCAUGGAAGAGGGCGCGGACCAGGUGCUCGCUAUCGAAGGCAACACCUGGGCUGCCGCCCGCGCCCAGCGACUCCUCGGCGAGAGCGUCAAGGUCUUCGCCGGCCUUUCCCAGGAACUGGCAGAAGAACAGCUUGGCGCCCAGGCCAACGUGGUUGUCAUGGAAACCAUCGGAGAUUGGGCAGCCAACGAGUAUAUGGUGAGUAGCUUCCUGGAUGCUCGGGGCAGGCUGUGCGAGCCCGAAGCGCAGUGGAUCCCGGGCCAGGUGAGAACCCGCUUUGUGCCUGUGACGAUCCCGCCCUGGGGGCAGGAAGGAGCCGUGCCGCCGGGCAUGUGGCUGCUGGGAAGUGAUCAGCGCUACGAGAGGCUGGCCCUGUCCGGGGCGGAGACGCUGGAGGCGUACGAUUUCAACGAGUGGAAGGACGAGAUGCUGAAGCAGCAGCGCGAAUGCGUCUUUGAGAUCCAGUCCUCUGCAGACCUUCAAGGCUUCCUUCUUUGGGUGGAGGUGUUCCCUGAUGGUGAGGAGGACUGUCCAUUGUCGGCCUUGCGCGACGUCGACAUCUCCUGGUCCCCGCUUCUCCUGGCAUUACCUGAGACCCAACGCCUUGAGCGCGGGGACCAACUGCACUGCUUGGUGGAGGUAGUUCCCGCAGCCCCGGAUGGGCCCGAGCUGCGGAUAGAGCUGCCUUGGGCGGAGGGAAGGACCCUUAAGUUCGAAUGGACCCUGGCGAAGGGCGCACGAUGGAUAUUGCCCGAAGGGCGGGAGAUAUCCUUCGAGGAGCAGCCAGAGGAUGUUCUGAGCCCUGAGCAGGAGUUCCUUUGGGAGCUCCUUGGGCCGCCAUGA